ACAACCUCAGUAAAUGUUUGGACAGUUGUUUAAGCAACAUUUAUCCUUCUGGUCCACAUUAAAUGUGCAUGCUAGAUGGUGCUAUAUCAAUUAGGCUCAGACUGAACACUUCCACAUCCUCGACCUGCAGAAACUCACCGACAACAGGAAGAUUUAAUCCCAGGAACCUCUAAACGAGCACAGAGUCCAGGUCCCAAUGUCUUCAGGAGGAGUUGGUUCUGGCACCAGGUUUGACCGGGUGCGGGAGAUCCCAUACUAUGACCAGGUCCCUGUGGGCUCCUUAUGGCGGGACCCGGGUCUCCCUCCACCCCCGGACACCUUGCAUGGAACAGUGCCAGCGGUCAGCUUGGACCCCCUUCCCCCACCACCUCUACCUGAACAGGCAGCUGUUGGGCCUCAAGCCUUUUACCCCCCCAGCGAUGAUGAGCCAAUGGAGGAAGACUCUGACGCCAUGGACAUUAAGCCGGUCCACCGCUUCAUCCCCUCCUCUGUCAAGAACUUCUUCCGUGGCAACAGCGAUCGGGGCAGCAAGGGCUGGUCCGUCCCCCCCCCUCAACCACCUCCGCCUGCCCCUUACUCCCCUACCCCUUACUCCCCUGCCCCCUCAUCCAUUAAGAGCGCCAACUGCCGCACCACGGCAGGAAUCCCCUGCUCACCCCCCAACUCCGCCCCUCCAUCUCCGUCCCUUCCAGGGUCCUAUCGGGACCCCUAUGGCGGCUCUGGGGGCAGCUACAACUCUCAGAAGGAGCGAGACGGACUGCUGUUGGGCGCCGAAGCCCUCGACUCAGCAUCCGCAGUGCCCACCAAUCUCUCGGCCCUGACGUACCACGAGCGGGUGGAGGAGUACCACCAGCGUUACGCCUACAUGAAGUCCUGGGCCGGCCUGCUGAGGAUCCUGGGCUGUGUGGAGCUGCUGCUGGGAGCUGCUGUGUUCGCCUGUGUCUGUGCUUAUGUUCAUAAGGACAACGAGUGGUUCAAUAUGUAUGGAUACUCCCAGCCGCAGAUGUUUGGGGGGCUCGGUGGAGGUGCUAGUGCAUAUGGAUCUGGGGGCGGUUACUACACAGGCCCCAAGACCCCUUUUGUCCUAGUGGUGGCUGGUCUCGCGUGGAUAGUGACUGUUAUUCUGGUCGUUCUCGGGAUGAGCAUGUACUACAGAGCCAUCCUUCUAGACUCUUCUUGGUGGCCGAUCACGGAGUGUUCCAUCAACCUGGUCUUGGGAGUGCUCUAUUUAGCAGCAGGGAUCGUGUAUGUGAGGGACACCACUCGAGGGGGGCUAUGCAACAUGCCGGUCUUCAAUAAUGGAGUAAAUGGGGCGUUUUGUCGCACCGAGUCGGGCCAGAACGCAGCCAUCGUCUUCCUCUUCAUCACCAUGGUGCUCUACUUCAUCGGUGCAGCAGUGUGUCUGAAGCUGUGGAGGCAUGAAGCAGCCAGGAUGAGGAAGGAGGGGCUGGCACAGGAGAUGAAAACUAUCGGAUCAUCACUGCCUCUGUCUAUACUAGGUCCAGUCUCCAGCGUCUCAGAGCGGACUCCUCUCCCUACUAUCCAGCCAGACAUCAUGGACUCUGCAAACAGUUCUGCAGCUGCACCUCUGAUGGCGCUGGAGCCAGAGAUCCUCAGAGGACACAUACCAGCCGGACACAUCCCCAAACCUUAUGUUAUAGCCGACUAUGUGGCGAAGUAUCCCAUCAUCCGCUCAGAGGAGCAGAGGGACCAAUACAAGGCUGUCUUCAAUGACCAGUAUGCUGAGUACAAGGAGCUGCAUGCUGAGGUUCAGGCCAUGGCCAAGAAGUUUGGAGAGAUGGAUGACAUGAUGCAGAACCUUCCCUCCCGGCCUUCCAGCCAAAUGGAGAAGGAGCGGAUCAGUGGCAUUUUAAUGGAAUUUCAGAGGAAGAAAGCUGACCCGACAUAUUUGGAAAAAAGGGAAAGGUGUGAGUAUCUAAAGAACAAGCUCUCUCAUAUCAAACAGAAGAUUCAGGAGUACAACAAGGUGAAGGACUGGAAUGAUGGCAACUAAACCCUGUUUUCAUUAACACACCUGGAAUUAAUAUGGAGUCAGUCUGCACUAUAUAAGAAGAUGUGCUCUGUUGCACAGAGAACAAAGUAGUGGGACUAAGGUAGGAACUGAAUAAGAGUGUGUCUCCACCAGGCAAAAACUAUCCUCAUGGUUGGUAUGUAUUUCAUUAUCACAUUAAAACAGGUGGACCUGCCAUCACUGCUGUUGGUCAUAUCAUCAGGACAAAUGGAAAAAUCGUUUUCACAGGUAGAAAAAUUCAGUGGAAAUCAGUAGAAAUGUCCUUAUAAAUGGUGGUAAGAGGCAAAGAGAAAGUAAGCUUCACCAAAAAUGGUCAGAAUGCAGAGAGCUGGGAUGGAUGAGGUGUAACCUAAAUACACGAUAGGGUGUUCAUUCAGAACGCCCUGAUGCAGAUCACAUUUUAAAGGAACAUUUUGGGAAAUAUGCUUUGUUUUAAGUUUAAUAUCAGUUUCAUCAUUUGUUGCUGUAUGGGCAUUUUUACACUUCAUUUGAUGCUUGUGUUUGCUGUCGGCUGCUAUGAAAUAUACCAUAACAAAAAUAAAUGAUCUUUUCACCAUAGUGUGGGUUAGAUGAAGCACAUUUUGUAAAAUGUGUGACUGUUCCUCUAACACCAGGUGUAAAUGGAGUCUCACAACUGGCCUGCUAUAGACACUGCCUGAAUAGCUGAAUCAAAUGAGGCAGCUGAUGUAAGUAAGGUUGACUCAAUGUUAAAGAAGGCUAUAUGAUUAGAUGAAUAGACCUUCAGUAGACAGAGGGGAUCAGCAGAAAUUUGUUAGUUUAACCGAGUUUAUUUUUGGUCAAAUAGGAUAUACUUUUAUGUGCUGCAUGUGUUAUACUGUGGAGGGUUAGCUGCUUGCCAUAAUGCUCACUGCAUGCUGUCCUUAUUGUUUUUUACGUUGCAUUUCUUCUGUCCAGCAGUGUUCUCCUGAACUAUGAGGCACAAUGUGAAUAUUUUACUAAAAGCUAGAAUGUAUGAACUAUCUCACCCAGAUGGGUGUUUUUUUUUAAAUUCAUUUAGUCACACCUUUUGUAAACUCAUUUGUACAUUGAUAUGUUUGAUUGAUAUGUGUAUGUGAUUAUUUUGUAUCAAAUGUCCUACUGCUUUAUACCAAUGAAGGACCCUUUUAUAUAGUUGUAUUUUCCCUCUUUAACCAUGAAGCAAUUGUCCUGUUUGAGUGACUUCUGUUACAUCUGCCAUCCACUGUUUCAGUUAGUCCAGGGUAAUGGUAAUGAAUGAGAGUAGCCAAUGAAGUUAAACCAUUACAAAAACAGUACAAUCAGAACAAAGCUAUAUUUUCAUAAUUGGUAUUUUUUUUUUUUUUUAUUAUUGUAAAUCCUUGUUGAUUUAUCCUUGCUAGAAAUAUGAGUUUGCAUAACAAAUGUGUACCAGAAGUACAUUUUUCCUGUAAGUAUAUAAGAACAUUU